GUAAUGUUAGUCGCUGUUGACGGACGGACUAAGUACCAGAUUGAGUAACCAUGGUAACUGAAUGGCAUGCAGAACGCCUGACAACAACAAGAAGUCAAAAAGCCAACAUGGCGGACAGUGUUCGAUUAGAACAGACGCCAAAAAGACCAGUUGGUGGAGGCUUAAACACAGGCAGGAUACACAAAGGACAUGGAAAAACAGCAGCUUCCUCGUCAAUACCAAGCAAAUACCAAACAAUUGUAACAGAUAAUUCGGAGAAAAAAGGCUUUCUUUCUCGUUCAAGAAGAUUCAAUGAGGAUAGCCUGACCUAUAAUCCUGGUCCAGGACGAUAUGACCAACUCACCAAAACCGAAUCUGAAGCAACGUCAUUUUCUAAAAGGGGUACUGGUUGUUUUGCUUCGAAGACAAAAAGGUUUGCUAGACGAAGAAUUCAAGGCGAAUCAGGCCCAGGUCCAGGCACCUAUGCUAUUUCUGGUUUUCGAGAGAACAACUUCAAUCGAUCAGGUGCAACGAGUGUCUUUCAUCUUCCCAUUGCCGUAAAAAGGAAUGAAGAUAAGAAAAAUAGUUUACCAGCACCAAACCACUACAAGAUUGGACAGCAGACAGGACGAGUUACUCAUGAUAAUAAUGUUUCAGCCAGUGCAGCUUUCAAAUCUGGGUCUACAAGAAGUGUUAACCCAAAAUCAACUUCAGGCCCAUCACCCUUUAGUUACAAAAUAAAUGAAAAGCUUGUGAGUGACGCACCAAAGACAGUAACAGCACCAUUCAAGUCUACAGUGGAGAGAAAGAUGAUGCAAUCACCGGUUGCAUUCCCUGGACCUGGUGCUUAUCAGCCAUUCGAUCAUGAUCAACAUAGACAAUCGAACAAACCCAAAAGAGGAUUUUUAAACAAACACUAUCUGUGUAUUUCGGCCCCUGCUAUUCCACUACCCUCACCGGACCCCAUGCCUGGACCAGGACAUUAUAAUGUAGUGGAUUAUCAAGGACCGCCAAAACACUUCAUGUCUAGUUCAGUGUUUGUUUCUUCUACGAGUCGCUGGACAGGUGAUGCUCUCAAUACUGAGGAAGAAUUCCCAGGACCUGCUACUUACAGGCCACAAAAUGCUGCUAAACAGUCGUUUCAUUAUAACUACAAUUCAAGAUGGUUGCCUGCUUAAUGAAUUUGGUCCCAAUGAGUCUGGGUUCGUAAAAAGAUGUAUUUUAAAUAGCGUAAAACAGAAUAAAAAUGUAAAUAGAAUAAAUAAAGCGAUAAAAUGUCGACAAAAGAUUGAAAUAGAAUUUGUUAUUUGAUUACGAAGAUUUCCUGCUAUAAAUGUAAUCUCCAUGCAGGGACAAAUGGAAAUCAUUUCAACAUUAAUCAAGUGUAUUUUUUUAUAAUGAAGAAUAUCGUGAAAAUUAAAAUUGCUAAAUACUAGAGAGAAUAAACAUCCCUUUUAUUCAUUG